GAGAAGAUUGAAGAUAGAUAUAAAUAUGAAACUAAAAAGCAUGAAUUUACAACUAAAUUACUAGACUACUAAACUACUUAGUCUAACCCAUACUAAUCCGAUUGUUGUUUACGCGUGAGAAUAGCGUUCAUUGCUCGUGCUUGUAGUUCACAUUUCGUCCAUACUUCAUAUUUUGUCGCUCUAGUCACACACACUUCGAAAGAAAGGUGAAUACCCUUCUAUAUCUUUUAUAUAUAUGUUUCGUCAUUUAUAUCUUUACUUAAUAAGUUUCAUUGGUUAAGGAAUGUUACGUUUAUUUUUGAAUUGCUUAAUUGUACAUUUAUUGCUUAGACAUAAAUAUAUUAUGUAUAUUUAAAUUCACUUAUAGUUAAAUGUCUAAAAAUAGGUUAAGAUAUAUUAUAUUUGAUUAACUUUAUUUCAUUUUCUUUUAUAAUUGACUAUUACAAUACAUAAAGUAUUUUUGAUCUUACUGUUUUAUUGUCUACAUUGUGCAGAAAUAAUUAGUUUUUAAAUCAAAGGAAUUAAAAUGAAUAUUGUAUGUGUUAUAUGCAGUGAUUUAUUAAUGCCAUCAGAUGAUGUGUUUCAUACACCAUGUGGUCAUAUUUUUCACUUUACAUGCUUAAUGCAGUGGUUAGAAAGAUCAAAGUCAUGUCCACAAUGUCGAGAAAAAACAAAUCAAAAUAAGAUACAUAGAAUUUAUUUUAAUUUCUCUAACAAUGAUACUAUUGUAGAGGAUACAUCUUCCUUACAAGAUAAAGUUGACAAACUUACAUUUCAAAUUUUACUUAAAGACAAAGAUAUUAAGCAUUAUACUGAGAAAAAUGAGAAUCUGGAAAAACAAAAUUCUGGAUUACGAAGUGAAGUUAAAAAGGUUGAAAGUGAAGUACGUGAAAAAGAAACUGCCAUUUAUGCGUUGAAAGAGCAAAUAAAGUUCUUUAGACAACAAUGCUCAGAAGUAGACAUUAUUAAUAAAGAAGUCAUUAGGUUAAGGAAAAGAGUGGAAGAAUUGAAAAAUAUACAACUUUUAAUGGAUGCUUCUGCUGAGAAAGUAGAUGAUAUGGUUUCAAAAACAAAUGAUCCUAGUACACUUAUUACGUACAUAUCCAUAAUGAAAAGAGAAAUGGCUAAAUGUGUAAAUAAACGAAGAGAGAUGAGAACUAAAUUGCAAAGCGUACAGCAUGAAUUGACUAAAGUUUCAAUGGAACGUAAUUAUUUACUUGAAGAGCAAGAAAAACGGAAAAAAUUGGAAGAAGAAUUAAUGAUAUGUGAGAAUGAAAAAAUGGUAUUACAAAAUAAGCUUCAAGAUAUUGAAAAUAAUAGUAUUACCAAAACACAUGUAUUAAACAUAAUGAAACCAAAAGAAAGUAAUCUAAAUUCUAUUGAAAUAUCUGAAAAAGAAGUUAAUUAUAUUGAUAAGAUAGAUGUCACAAAUAAUACACAAAGCUCCCAGAAGAGAAAAAUAAAUUUAUUGGAGGAUAUCAAAAUAAAUUCUCCUAAUAUUCCUGUUCAAUCACAAGGCAUUUUAGCUUUAAAAGAACAAUAUGCUGUACGACGAGCUGCCAAAUCUACUUUUUCUAUUUUAACGAAAAAACCCAGGCUUUCCCAAAAUUCUGUUGAAUCUUUAAAAAAUGGUUCAAUUGCAUAUGAUGGUUUUGGGGGUCACUCAAAGUAUGAUAAAUUUCCUAGUCCUAUUCAAAGUGCUAAAUUAAAGAAAACAAAAGAGUGUUUGUCUAAGCCAAGGAAACUAAAACUUGAUACAGGAGACAAUAAAAAACUUAGUGAUUUAAUUGUAGAUAUAUCAUAAUACUUGAAUUAAUUUAAUAUUUCAUUUUUUAUGAUUAUAUUUAUAUUUUAUAAUAAUUUAUAAGUGUAUUAGUGUGUAUAUGUAUAAUAUGCCAUCUUUUCUAAUUUCUUAUACAGAUUAAAUGGAUUCUAUGUGAUUAUGUUUAGUAAAAAGUCACAAAAAAAAUGGAAGUUAAUUAAAAGAUUAUAAUUUAAGAUGCCGAUAUUAACGAAGUUGAAAAUAGAACAGCUUAUAUAAAUA